UCGGCGUUAAUGCUGCACAAUGUUAGUCCGACAUAUCGUCAUAUCUCUUCUAUUGCCCAGUUAUCUUUUGGCAAAGAUUUGUACUCAAACUAGGUAUAUGGGACGAGAACAAAAAAGAAUCGCCGUUUGCUGUCCAGGCUAUAAGCGUAAUAUGAAGAACAUCAACAAACUAGAAUGUAUGCCCAUAUGCCGAAAUUGCUUAAAGGGCAAAUGUAUCAAGCCACGAGUAUGUCAGUGUUUUGCGGGCUAUGAUAAUUUCAACCAUAUGCCAUCUAAUCAUUGCGUGCCGAAAUGCAAGGGCAACUGUAAAAAUGGAUUUUGCGUAUCGCCAGAAAAGUGCAACUGUGCACAGGGCUACCAGCUCAAUGCGGACUCUGGUCAUUGUCUGCCAGUCUGCAAAAGUGGCUGUGCUAAUGGAACUUGCAAGUCACCUGGAGUUUGCAUUUGCAAUGAGAAUUACACACUUAAUAUUAAAACCAAGAUUUGCCAACCAAUUUGCAAGGCUGGCCACAGUCUGAAUGUCACACAAAAUCUGUGCGAACCUGUAUGUAAGGACGGCUGCCUCAAUGGCAAAUGUUCGGCUCCAGAUACAUGCGAAUGUCUAGAGGGAUACACCAAAUUAAGCGACUCCGCCUGUGUGCCGGAAUGUCUCAAAGGCUGUGAGAACGGUUUCUGUGGUGCCCCAGGAAAGUGCACCUGUAACGGAGGAUAUUCUCCAGUCACUGAGAACAGCUGCGCUCCAAUAUGUGAAGGUGGCUGUGAGAACGGUUUCUGUAGUGCCCCAGGAAAGUGCACCUGUAACGGAGGAUAUUCUCCAGUCACUGAGAACAGUUGUGCUCCAGUAUGUCAGGGUGGCUGUGAGAACGGUUUAUGUAGUGCCCCAGGAAAGUGCACAUGUAAUCAAGGAUAUUCUCCAGUCACUGAGAACAGUUGUGCUCCAGUAUGUGAAGGUGGCUGUGAGAACGGUUUCUGUAGUGCCCCAGGAAAGUGCACCUGUAACGGAGGAUAUUCUCCAGUUACUGAGAACAGCUGCGCUCCAGUAUGUAUUGAUGGCUGUGAGAAUGGUUUCUGUAGUGCCCCAGGAAAGUGCACCUGUAACGGAGGAUAUUCUCCAGUCACUGAGAACAGCUGCGCUCCAGUAUGUGAAGGUGGCUGUGAGAACGGUUUCUGUAGUGCCCCAGGAAAGUGCACUUGUAACGAAGGAUAUUCUCCAGUCACUGAGAACAGCUGCGCUCCAGUAUGUGAAGGUGGCUGUGAGAACGGUUUCUGUAGUGCCCCAGGAAAGUGCACCUGUAACGGAGGAUAUUCUCCAGUCACUGAGAACAGUUGUGCUCCAGUAUGUGAAGGUGGCUGUGAGAACGGUUUCUGUGGUGCUCCAGGAAAGUGCACCUGCAAUCGAGGAUAUUCGACAGUAACUGAGAACAGUUGUGCUCCAGUAUGUAUUGAUGGAUGUGAGAACGGUUUCUGUAGUGCCCCAGGAAAGUGCACCUGUAACGGAGGAUAUUCUCCAGUCACUGAGAACAGCUGCGCUCCAGUAUGUGAAGGUGGCUGUGAGAAGGGUUUCUGUAGUGCCCCAGGAAAGUGCGCCUGCAAUCGAGGAUAUUCGCCAGUAACUGAGAACAGUUGUGCUCCAGUAUGUAUUGAUGGCUGUGAGAAUGGUUUCUGUAGUGCCCCAGGAAAGUGCACCUGUAACGGAGGAUAUUCUCCAGUCACUGAGAACAGUUGUGCUCCAGUAUGUCAGGGUGGCUGUGAGAACGGUUUCUGUAAUGCCCCAGGAAAGUGCACCUGUAACGAAGGAUAUUCUCCAGUCACUGAGAACAGUUGUGCUCCAGUAUGUAUUGAUGGCUGUGAGAACGGUUUCUGUAGUGCCCCAGGAAAGUGCACCUGUAACGAAGGAUAUUCUCCAGUCACUGAGAACAGUUGUGCUCCAGUAUGUCAGGGUGGCUGUGAGAACGGUUUCUGUAGUGCCCCAGGAAAGUGCACCUGUAACGAAGGAUAUUCUCCAGUCACUGAGAACAGUUGUGCUCCAGUAUGUCAGGGUAGCUGUGAGAACGGUUUCUGUAAUGCCCCAGGAAAGUGCACCUGUAACGAAGGAUAUUCUCCCGUCACUGAGAACAGUUGUGCUCCAGUAUGUGUUGAUGGCUGUGAGAACGGUUUCUGUAAUGCCCCAGGAAAGUGCACCUGUAACGAAGGAUAUUCUCCCGUCACUGAGAACAGUUGUGCUCCAGUAUGUAUUGAUGGCUGUGAGAACGGUUUCUGUAGUGCCCCAGGAAAGUGCACCUGUAACGAAGGAUAUUCUCCAGUCACUGAGAACAGUUGUGCUCCAGUAUGUCAGGGUAGCUGUGAGAACGGUUUCUGUAAUGCCCCAGGAAAGUGCACCUGUAACGAAGGAUAUUCUCCCGUCACUGAGAACAGUUGUGCUCCAGUAUGUGUUGAUGGCUGUGAGAACGGUUUCUGUAGUGCCCCAGGAAAGUGCACCUGUAACGAAGGAUAUUCUCCACUCACUGAGAAGAGCUGCGCUCCAGUAUGUGAAGGUGGCUGUGAGAACGGUUUCUGUAGUGCCCCAGGAAAGUGCACCUGCAAUGAAGGAUAUUCUCCAGUCACUGAGAACAGUUGUGCUCCAGUAUGUCAGGGUGGCUGUGAGAACGGUUUCUGUAGUGCCCCAGGAAAGUGCACCUGUAACGAAGGAUAUUCUCCACUCACUGAGAAGAGCUGCGCUCCAGUAUGUGAAGGUGGCUGUGAGAACGGUUUCUGUAGUGCCCCAGGAAAGUGCACCUGCAAUCAAGGAUAUUCUCCAGUCACUGAGAACAGCUGCGCUCCAGUAUGUGAAGGUGGCUGUGAGAACGGUUUCUGUAGUGCUCCAGGAAAGUGCACCUGCAAUCAAGGAUAUUCUCCAGUCACUGAGAGCAGUUGUGCUCCAGUAUGUGCAGAUGAAUGUCUCAAUGGCUUCUGUGCCUCCCCCAAUAGCUGCAGUUGCAGUGAAGGUUACGUGUUCGACAAUAAUGUUUGUGUGGCGAAGUCGGAUGAUGAUGUAGAGAUAUCAACUACCGUAGAUAUGGAGGAAGCGGUUGUCCCGGACCUGGGGCUGAUGACGUGUGAGCAACGUUGCUAUAAUGGAAGCUGUGUGGAUGGACGCUGUUCUUGUGAGGAGCAUUACACAUUGACCCAGGAUAGUGGGAACACUACUAAAUUGCUUUGUCUGCCCGAGUGCAAGGAGAAGUGCGUCCACGGAUACUGUGCAUAUCCAGACGUAUGCGCCUGCUAUGAUGGUCAUGUGCCGGAAGAGGGAGUGCAAUGCCCCAGCUCUGAUCGUAUGGAACAUUCGGGUCAUACUGGCAGCUUGCCAUAUUUCAAGUGGCUCAUUCUGUUAAUUGCUGUUACGAUUAUGGUUUUAGCGUUCACUAUAUGCGUGUUCAUUCAUAAAUUAAGGAAACGCGAUUACAGGGUAGACAGAAAAGAAAAACGAUAUGGUGUUCACUAUUCAGCAAAACAAGCUGAUAUAAUACGAUCUUAGCAGACCUCAGCGGAAUGAAAUAAAUGUCAAGUACUUCAAAUAAUACUCUUAGAUAAUUUAAGAACUAAUUACUUAUAAUGUAUGCAUGUUAAUUGAUGUCGGAACAUCAAGUUUUUAUGUAAUGCUUUAAUUUAAAUUUAA